CAAUGUAGAGUGCUAUUGGAAAAAAAGAUUUAGGCUGUCAUUCAACGCCGCUGGCGUCCAUGCGUGUUCAAAUGAAUCAUAUACUGUUCUUGGGUUGACCCCAGCUAUGGACGUUAUCAUCUACGAAGACGUUGAUUUCGGGAAAUACUUUGCUGCCGACAACAGGAGUCCUUAUAUGGAAAAGCCCUCUCGGGAGAUUGAUGAGAUGUGGAAGGAGUUGUACAACUUUGGUCUCACUGGACUGACGCCCGAGGAGGCGUCUCAGCUUCCCGAACCUACCGCUCACCUCCCCCACGAUAACAACACCUACGUGGUUUCCCUCAGUGUUUUCCACCAACUGCACUGCGUCAAUCAUUUGCGCAAGGCAUUGUAUCCCGAUGAGUACCCCGGCUUGUGGGAGUAUCACGAAGACGGCACCGUGAACCACGAUACGAUCUUGGCUCUUCACUGGGACCAUUGCGUCGACAUCCUCCGUCAAUCCAUCAUGUGUUCAGCUGACAUUACUCCUACACCGUUUUAUUACCGGGCCCGCGACGAUAAUGUUUAUUCAACCUUGGCUACUAGACACCAUUGUCGUAGCUUUGACAGCGUGAAGGAAUGGGCAAAAGACAGACAACUACACCAGUGGAGAUGGAAUGAGACGGCCACGACGCAGAAAGUGGGCUAGUGGAAACAGACUGUGCUUACCAUAUUUGGUCCAGUCUUCCGGAUUAACCUCGAGAAGCAAGUCAGUGGCAAAAGCUCACCAAGCUCUUGGUACUUUUGCUUGUUGGCAUCUCUACUUUGGCACAAGAUACUAUCAUAUAUACUAUGAUUAAUUUAUUCAAGGAACAUCUCGAAGUUUAAUUAUCUCUAGAAAGAGGCACGCUUUCAGACUUGGCCACACCAUAACUCUUCUGAUGCAUGAACAGUCCUUUUCUCUCGCCAUCAAGGCACGGAUAAGUCUCUGCCCAGCCCCGGUG